GCUUUUAUUGUGAAAAUCCACGGAGGAGGAGUGUCGGAAACGCGCCGGGCGGCUCCGGUGUGCAGAUUCUGUCCACGUCAACACAGCGAGCAGCAGCAGCAGCAGCGAUGGACGUCUCGUCUCCGGAACCUUCUCUUUACACAGUGAAAGCUAUAUUUAUUCUUGACAAUGAUGGCAACAGACUUCUGUCAAAAUUCUAUGACCCCGACCUUUAUCCCUCCAACAAGGAGCAGAAGAACUUUGAGAAGAACGUUUUUAACAAGACACACAAAGCAGACAAUGAGAUUGCCUUCCUGGAGGGGAUGACCAUUGUCUAUAAAAGCAGUAUAGAUCUCUUUUUCUACGUGGUGGGCAGCGCUCAGGAGAAUGAGCUGAUGCUGAUGUCUGUGCUGAACUGUCUGUUCGAUUCCCUCAAUCAGAUUCUCAGGAAAAAUGUGGAGCGCAAGUGUUUACUGGACAACAUGGAAGGAGUAUUCCUGAUUGUGGAUGAAAUUAUUGAUGGAGGAGUGAUUCUAGAGAGUGACCCCCAGCAGGUCCUACAGAAGGUCAAUUACAAGCAAAUGUCAGAGCCGGCCUACGGCUUCGUCCUCUUCGAUUACAUCACCGGUAACCUAGAUGGACAGACAGACAGGAAUCAGCCGGUGUAGACAGACAGGGUGAGAGAGAGAUGGGCCAGUUAAAGGGUACAUUCCAAUUCUUCCCCCCCAAAUUGGGACCCUUUUGAUGCGUAAUUGACAUUUUAAGAUGUGAAAAGAAAAAUUAAAGACACAGAGACUAAGAGCUGAAGCUGGCUUCUUUUUGAUCUGUUGGGCUGAACAAGUCCAGUGGUGUAAACAUGGCUAACCAGCCACUCACCGUCAAAAUCCU